AUGGAAACAUCUCCUCCCGCAUCAAAAUUCCGAUUUAGAGAUCACGGUGAUGAUAUGGAGAACGGAGAAUCUGUCGUCGAUGAUACAAGUUCUGAACCGUCUUCAGUCACCAGCGAUGAAGACUCCGACAUCGAGUCUGAUGAGCUUGCAUCAAUGACCGCCAAGGGGAUCAAUCAUCUAUGUUUAGAACUCAUUGAGCUGAGGCAAGCAUCAGAAGUUGAUUUCCAAGAUAAUAUAAUCUCCAAUUACUUAUCCUUCAUCAGGGUUUUUAGAGAAACAAAAGGUAUAAACAAUGAAGUAAUGCAAUUGAAGUAUCAUCUGAUGUCCCAAAAACAGCUUGUUCAGAAUCUGAUGGAUGGUGCUUAUCUAAAGGCUGUAUCAGAUGAUCCAAUGGACACAGUCGUUGAGGAACACCCACUUGAUGAUCAAAACCCUACUACUUUUUUCAAGACUUGUGCUGAUGAGGUAUUAGAAACCCUAGACAACCUUCUGUUCGAGCAUAGAUUAGAAGAAGCAUUGGGGAUUUUCGAGAUAGAAGAUGGAAAUUCUCCAAAAGUGAAGUUACAAGAGGAUGUUUCACCAGAUGUAUGGAUGUGCUAUAAAUCUGACAUGGCUGAAAGGAGGGUAAAGCUUGCAGAUAAGCUAACACUGGUGGCUGACAACACAAGAAUCUCUGCUGCAGAACUGCAAAAAUCAUUAGUUGGACUUUCCAGCCUUGGUUUUGAUCAUCUAGCAACUCGUUUACUUUUCAAAUAUUACCAUACUCGCAUUGCUUCUGGUGUAAAUAAUCUGCAGUCCUCAGCAAGAUUUCUACCUGGGAUUCACAUUCAUGAUCUAGCAAAAUACAUAUUUUCCAUGAUGUAUCAAGCAGCAAGGAGUUUUGUUAUGUUACAUGGAGAAACUUCAACUUAUGAUUCAGAACUUAUGAAAUGGGCAUGCGAGGAAACAGAAGCUUUUGCUUCUUGCUUCAAUACACAUGUUAGAUUGAUUUCACAGACUGGUGACGGGUUGUCAAUGGUGGUCAACUCUUUACAUUCUGCCAUGUCAUAUUGCUCUGUGUUAGAAAGCCAAAAGUUAGUGUUACAACCGUGUUUGAUCGAACACAUUCUUCCUUGUAUACAAGGUUUUUUGAAGACUCGUUUUGAUCAUUUCAAGAAAGUCAUCAGCAUCUUCACAUCUAAUGAUGUUUGGGUUAUGGGAAGAUAUCUUGUAUCAGGAAUGUUGACAGAAGACGCCUCUUCAUUGGCUGAAUAUUGCUUACUCACCAACAGUGGCAGAAAGUUCAUGUCACUGCUACAGACAGCUAUUGAAGAUGCUUCAUCUUUGGUUUCUAUUUUGGGAAGUUCAAUUCUUGAAGAGCUCAUGAACCUGUUUACAGAGUAUGCUUUCCUCCUUCAAACAGCCCUCACCCAUGAAACAAACCAUGUUGUAGAAGGUGCACCAAGAAUCCAAAAGGCGGAAUCACUGUCACAAAAAGUUUCAAUAUUUGCCAAUUUAUCAACACUCGAGCAAUUCUUCUUCAUUGUGAUCAGAAACUUAUUCAAGAACGCAAAUGAUUUAAAGAUUGUAAUUGAAAGUCACAUGGAAUCAGUUGCAGGCACUUUCAGUAGACUGAGAACUGAAUUCUGCAAGCAAUUUAUACAUGACAUAAUGUCUAAUGAAGCUUCUUGCAUUAGGGAGCAUAGUGAUAUCAAGUUGUUGCAGGAUCUAAUGCCUUCUCUUCCUUAUCAGAUACUGUUUCUGGAACUAAGGAAAGUAGAAGAACUUGCUGAAGAGAAUGUGGUUGAAUUUGAUUGGUUGGUGAUGUUACUGAAAGAGCUCAUUGAAACUAUAUUUGAUUGGAUUUCCAGAAACCAUGAAAUCUGGAUGACUAACAAGGAGGAUACAACUGUUGAUCAAUCUGAUAGAUUAACUCAGUUUGCGGUUGACAUGCAAUUUGUGGUUGAAAUCGCAAGGCGUGGAGGAUACUUAACCACAAAUAUGAUGAAUUCUUCAAAAGAUGUUGUAUUAGAGAUGGAAUCAGCCAUGGUUUCUGGUGGAUUUGAUAUAAACAGAUACGUGGUUGAUUAUGAAAAGGUAGCCAAGUCUGCCAUGGAAGCUAUCAAAGAGCUUGAAGCAGUUGAAGAAGAAAAAUGGAAGUCGGAUGAAGGGAGUGAAGAACACCAAUCAUAUUUUUCAAGCGACUCGAUUGAAGAUGAUGAUAAUGAUGAUGACAAUGAAAUGUUUAAAGAAGUUUACUUGGAACCUCAACCAACAGAGAUGUCAGAUGAUGUUUGUGUUGAAGAGGAGGAGGGUGUUGGCGUUGUGAAUGUGGAGAUAAAAGAGGUUGUUAGUUUAACAACUUCUGAUGAGUUGUUGCAGCUCAGGAAGAUAAGAAGGGUUAGCAAAGUGGUUCUUCAAAACCAAGAAUGA